AUGGAAGGAAGAGGUAAGAGUUUAGAUUAUUCGAAGUCAUUUGGUGAUGGCGGAGGCGAUUUAGUCCGCACGACGUCUAUCGUCGAAGUUGACGAAAUUUCCAACGAACAACCUCACCUUACAAGUGCAAGACUGAGCUCGGAACUUUCCAAAAUUAGCCCUGAGGGAGUUCAAGAUGUUGAAGCUGUCGUUGUACCCAGCGAAGGGAAGCGCCCUGAAGGCGCGAAAUUAACGAUACUCACGGUAGCAUUGAUGCUAUCUGUUUUUGUGAUGUCGCUGGAUAAAAGCAUUAUCGUUGCUGGUUUGACAGGACCUCCAUUAGGGGGACUCUUCACAGACACGCAACGACUAAGCUGGAGGUUUUAUUUUUGGAUCAAUCUUCGCACAGUUUUAUUUGUGUCAAGUAUGAUAUCUCUGUUUUUGGCUCUCCAAUGGGGAGGGACUAAGUAUUUAUGGUCGAACUCUAAAGCGUGGGGUUUGAUAUUGAGCUUUGGACUUCUCUUGACAGCUUUCAUCAUUCUACAAUUACACCUUGGUGAUAGCCUUCUCGCCUCGGCCCUCCUAUAUCUCGGCACUACCGUGCACACGUUUUACCUUCCUUUCUAUUUCCAAUCUGCCAAAGGGCCAUCAGCUGCUGGGUCAGGUCUUCAAAUGUUACCAUACACAGUCACACUUUCAGUUUCUCAGUUAGUAGUUGGAAGCGCUGUUGCUUCAAUAGGUCUUUACCUACCAUUCAUGUGGAGUGGCGCAGUAAUAUUGACCAUCGGCGCUGGUCUGCUUACCUCCCUCAAUUUAAACACAGACCUCGCCCAUCCAAUAGGCUACCAAAUUCUUGCAGGCUAUGGAUUUGGCUCGAGCAUGCAGCUUUGUGCCACAGCUGUUAGAGCAUCUGUUCUUGAUAAAGAAGAUGUACCAAUAUCUAGCGCGUUAACUAUAUUCGCACGCUUCUUCGGUGGCUCACUUGCAGCCGCACUUGCCCAGAAUAUAUUCAGAGUGGAACUUAUACACAGCUUGCAAGAUUCCGUCGCUGCUUUCGAUACUAAUGCUAUUGUUGCAGCUGGAGCAAUUGAUGGGGUCUACAUGGUCCCUGAAGCUCUAAGAGGUGUCGUCCGAGAAGCUUACAAUAUUACUGUGUCAAAAACGUUUCUUAUAGCGGUAGCAAGUGGUGGCUUAGCAUUUAUCUGUACACUCGGUAUUGAGUGGAAGAAUAUCAAAAAGCCAGCGAAGCUCCUAACACCGGAAAGAGAAAGAUCCUAUAAGAUAUGUGAGGGAACAGAAGUGAUGGAAAAGAAUGUGUAG